GCUCCUCCAUCCAUUUCGCGCGACUUUGGCACCCUCCACUGCUAUCGCCUGUGUACCCACUCUCCAAGUAGCAGGCAGUUCCAUCCUUCCGUCCUGCUCCGCGACUGCACCCGCCAGCCGUGAAUGGCUCCACCUCUCCACCCCUCCUCAGUUUCAUUCAAUUCGUGAAUCGCGCAAAAUGCUCAACAUGGCUCCCAAAUUGCUCAAACGCGUCCUCGAUGGCGGUUCGCCGAACCUGGAUGGCAUCGGCAUAACCUAUAUCGUCCUGGCCAUUGUAUACACGUUCAUAGUCUCAGGGGAGUUGUUUCUCUUUUACCACCACAGGUCCGCAUUCGUCAUUAAGAUCCGUAACAUACGAGUUGUCGUCGCCACCGUAUCCAUGCUCCACGUCUAUCUCAUUCUGGUUCUUCUCGUCUAUCCGUGGAACGGCUUAUUUCCCUGUGCGGCGGAGUAUUGGAUCAUGUCCGUCUUUCUACCUUGCGGCAUGGCCCUCUUUCAAGCAUGCAAUGCCAGGGUCCUCAAAGCUUAUGAAAGUCAGCGACGGCUGAAAAGGGACUUUCUGGAGGCAGCUCGGAAGAAGAGACUUACGCUCACGCCUCGUGGGAUUAUAGAGGCUUGGAUUGGCCUCGAUGCAACUUCCAAGGUCUACCUGGGCACCGUGGUUGGCCUCAUCGUUUCGUUCGUCCCGGUCAUCAUUCUCUUUUUUUGGUCGCGACGUUUCCACCCAUCGUAUGGGCUUUUUGGACCUAGCUUUGUGGAUAGGGUACAAUGUCGUCGGGGCCCCGAAUGGAUACCUUCCAUCCUCAUGCAAUUCGUCUGGACAGCAGCUGUGGGGCCUUGGAUUCUCUGGAAGAUCCGCAAAGUUGACGACGUGCACUCCUGGGCCUGGCAAACCCGGCUCGCUAUUUUGGCCGGAUUACCUGGGACGCCGUUGUGGAUGGCGUUCACGUAUUCAAAGAUUCCCGCCGUGCUUGCAACAAACCAAUACUUCCCGCCAGCUGGAUGGUUCUUGUUAUGCCUUCUCAUGUGUCAGCAAGUUCUGAUAUUGAUUCCCUUAUUCGACACACUCCGCUCGCAAUCUCGACGCGCGUCCAUCUCUUCUUCCACUACAUGCACGUCCGAUUUGCUCACAACUGAUUCCAUCUCUUCUGCUACCCCAUCCUUCUGCAAAAGAAUUCCCCACGUUGUCGUCAACAAGGAGUUGAAGCCGAAAGCUUCUAUGCAUGCCCUCGAAUUCAGCAUCGAGCACAGCAUCGAGCCUCUGAUUUCGUGGGCGGCGUCACGCGAAUUCACCGCCGAAAACGCCAUCUUCCUUCGGGAGGUGCGCAACUUCAAGAAGAAGUGGGGGAGUCUGCAGGUUGUCACAACGGCGCAGAGGCGCCAGAUGUAUGCAGAAGCCUCGCUCAUCUUCUUCACCCUCGUCAACCCAUGCACCGCCGAGACCCCCAUCAACAUCGACUACAAGAUCUUCCGGACUCUUCAGAAGACUUUCGAGGGUAUAGAGUACGAUCCGUACAUGCCUCAGGGUUCUGGAACAACCCCACUAUCACCGCCUGUCAAGGAGAAUGUGGUCUGCCCAUGGGAAAACAUCCUUGAGCGUCCGGCGAGCUUAGAGUCAACAGGAAAUUCCAGUAGCGCAUCGAGUAUACGAAACAUCGUGCCCAGUCAAUUCACGGAAGAAGUGUUUGACCCAGCUUUCGAAAGCAUCAAGUAUCUUGUUUUCACGAAUACGUGGCCAAGGUAUGUUGAGGCGAAGCUUUCCAAAAACAACCCAAGUCCGUCGCCCUGAGAUGGGCAGGAUAGUGAGCAAGGAAGUCUCGGCUGAGUAGGAUGCUUAUAAACCAUGUACCUUCAAACUCAUUUGUCCACUGCGAGUGGCUGUCUGGCUCCGUUCGGACUUGGGUUACAAGGAAAGUAGAAAUUUGCAUCCAUAAUGGCCCAUACCUUCACGAGUACGGCCUGAACGAUAACCUCUCUCACCGCCCUAGCCCAUUGUUUCUACCGCUACGCUACAUGUACCAAAGUCACUGGCGACUCAUUCGCCUCUACUAGUUUUACCCUCACGAUAAGGGCGGGGAGUGUCGCAAAAUGGUAACACCGGUCGUAAGAAUCAGCAUAUGAACAUAUCAAUCUGCUUCGGGGGCCUUAGAUCGUUCUUUACGAGCUCAACAAGCAAUUGCAAAGUAGAACCAUCCUACAUGUACAUCUGGUCCUCACUUAGCUAAUAUAAAUAUUCCACCU